CUCCUCCUCUCUCUCGGCUCCUCCCCGUCCAUGUAUCAACUCUGACGGGUCACGUUAUCGGAGGGGGGCCGUCGGUGUGGAAGCAUUGAGCUCCCUCCCGACGAGUUGCAAUCUGCCUGCACUUACCAUAACGUAUUAGUCAAAGAGUUGACGGGAAAGCGGAACGAGCAGAUCUACAGCCGGGAAUUCUGGUAAAAACCCGGACACCCCGCGGUAAAUCCACGCACAGAACCGGAGCUCACCGCCGAGUGGAUGCGAAGCUGUUCGGCUUUAUAGGUGUACAGGAGUCUGCCGACGACAUGGACAAGAAAUAGUUGUUCUGCUCUUUUUUUAGUCGCCCAUCCAGCCUGAAGACAUGGAUGAAAGUUGGAAGAACUGCUUCGAAGAGGAGCUUUUGUGUCCUAUUUGCUUGAAUGUUUUUGAUGAACCCAUCCAGUUGCCAUGCAAACACAACUUCUGUAAGGGUUGCAUCUCUGAGGCGUGGACCAAAGAAAACGCUGGUGUCCGCUGCCCCGAGUGCAACCACGAGUAUGAUCAGAAACCCACACUGGAGAAGAACUUCAAGCUUGCCAACAUAGUGAAGCGGUUUAACGCUCUGAACACUGACAAAGUCCCUGCUGUGCUGCACUGUGUCCUCUGCAGACGAGGCCCCCCGCUGCCUGUACGCAAAGUCUGUCUGCGUUGCAAAGAGCCCUGCUGCCAAACUCAUAUUCAGACGCACCUACAGCAGCCCUGUGCUGCUCCCGGACACCUGUUAGUGGACGCCGAGGAGCUGAGCGCUUGGACUUGUCCCAGUCAUGAGGAGUACAGGCUGCUCCACUGUGAGGAGGAGCAGGUGGCUCUGUGUCCAUUCUGCUGCAUCUCUCACUGCACUAACCAAAGACACACAGUCUGCGAUGUGGAUACGCAACGCAUACAAAUGCAGGCCAUGCUAAUGAGGCAGCAAGACAAACUGGAGGGUCGUGUUCAGAACAUUGAUGAGCAACUCACCAAGCUGGAAUCAGACAAAACACUGAUGAAGGAUGCAGUGUGUCAACUGAAGGAGCGUGUGAGGGCCCAGUAUCAGCGGAUGCAAGCGAUGCUCGAAGCGAACCAGACUGAAACCAUGCAAAUGCUUGAGAGCAGUUACUCCAUGUAUGCGAGGAAGAACUCUCAACAAGCUCUGCAGCUCAAUGAGAGGCGCCAGGAAGCAGAAAAACUCCUGAGCUCAGUACAGACGUUCUUCCGGAAAGCAGAAAGCAUUAACUUCAUGAAGAACACAAAACCUUACCAGCUGCUAAUGGACAGGUCAAACAUGCAUCUGAGUAAUGCCGUUCCUCCACUCAGAGUGGGCCAGCUGAACUGUCAUCAAUUGCUAUCUGAACUGUCAACAAGAGAAAAGAACCUGCGUAAAAUUCUGGAUGAACCAUUCAAUGAGGCACCCAUUCUUGAGAUAGUCCAGUCUCACAGCAGUUCUCUUGGCUCCCACAUGGGGACUAGUUCAGGAGUACAGAAGAGGAAAUACAGUAUGGCUUUCUUAGAUAGUAACACAGAAAGUGCCACUUCCCAGGAUGCUGCGUUGUUGCGUUACGGCACCAAAAAGCCGUUCCUGGCCGACCAAAGCCACCGUGCUUCGUCCAUGUAUUCCUCUGAAGGCCUCUCUCAGAAUCCUCACACCGGCCCCAGCCACAGUCGGCUGCUUGAAAGUUCAGCCCAUCACAUGGUCGGUCUAGGGUCCAGCUCUAGCCACCACUCAGGGACAAUUUUCCCUCCCUCCCACUUUCCCAGCGGAGGUGCCUCACAACAAGCCAUGUACGAAGGGAGAAAAGUACUGAUGUGCACUCUGAAUAACUGCUGCUGCUCCAGGGCUCCUGCUGCACGCGGCCGUCCUCCGUACCCAGCAUCAGACUCCUUCCCCUCCAUGACCUCUCAGGAGUUUACCCAUCAUGCCCCGAUACCUGCGAGCCAGCCACUGCAGCAUUUCCCCAUGAGGGGUUUGAUGGAGGCGUCGCAGUCAGCCAGGCACCCUGACUUUUAUGGGCUGUACGGCCAGUCUUCAACCAAGCAUUAUGGGACCAAAUAAUCAACCAGAAUCUACAUUUUCUUCCCUUUUACCCAAAUUACUUUAUUGUUCCUUUCUGUUCUGGUUCAAAGAUAUGUUGUCUAGUUUCCAACACGCCUCCAUGAUGAUGAUUUUGACAUUUACUUGACCCCUUUUUUUUUUUUUUUUUUUUUUUUUUUUUUUAAAUGUGAUCUUUAACUUUGUUGCCCUGUUUUCUUUCUGAAGCACAGUGACAGUAGCAAUGGCCUAAUCUAAAAACACAACCCUGUGUUUUAUUUAUUUUCUAUUUCAAAUCGACUGGAAAUGCUAAUGUGAAUAAUGUAGUCUUAAAUCCGUUCAAGCAGUGAGGUAGACAGACGUAUCUUUCAUCACGAGCCCUGACGUGGGACUCCAGAGACUUCAGUGCCUAAAGACUGUUAACAUGUUCUUAUUGUACUUGCAAGUUCCUAGCUCUUGAUUAUUUCCUGUUUGCGGCUGAAAGCAUGCAGGGAGCCUCUCCAUGCACUCCAAAGUCCAUGUGGCUUUAGAAACACACUGGACUAGAAAUGCUUGUCAGGUUUUUCAAGAAUUUUAUACAAGAUUAUAAAUAAACCAAAAUCAGUGGAAAAUAUUGAAUAAAGAAACAUUAAAUUACUCCUUGUUUUAUUUUAA